AUGGUACUGGCGCAGAGGGCGGGAGUAGAGGAAUAUCACUCGGCGGACCUACGGCACGAUGAGGCGAUGCAGGCCAUCAACGACUUUGGCGUAAGAUCGCAUCUGCUAGGCCAGGCCGGGAAGGGGGAGAAGGAACAGCAACAGUACAUCUUCUUGGUAGAGGUACCCGAAGAGCAUGAGGAGGCUUUCACUGAACGUUACUCCGACCGCGCCUCCAGCUUCAAGAUCUCCCCCCUCCCCUCCACCGACAGCACCCACGACCUCCUAGCCGACAUCCUCCAGCAAGCCUACCCAUCCACUAAGGACGCCCUCUCCCGCCUCUCAUCUCACACGACCGACUAUCCCAACAAGCUCGCCGGCGCCAUUCGCACCAAUAUCUACGACUUCGAGCGCAAGUGGAUGCAAACCAUCCACGACGGCGGCUAUCGCAACGACAUCACCAUCAUCGCCAUCUCGCCCUCCACUUCUUCAGAAGCUCCAGAGCCCGUGGAGGACCUCUGGGGCACCUACUCCAUGCCCCGCCUCCCCCUCCACCACAAACGCCAACAAACCGAGCAACCUCUCGAAGAACCAACGGCCACCACGACCAACCUCGGCGCAGCCGCUGCAUCCAACGCGACUGGACCUCUCCGGGGCAUCCUUCCCGCCUGCUUCCCCUCGCUCGAAACCUGCAACUCCAUGACCCGCAACUGCACCGGCCACGGCAGCUGCAGCCUCAAAUACACCGACUCCUCUGCCCCAGAUCGCUCGCCGGCGAAGAACUGCUACACUUGCACUUGCAAGCCGCAGGAGAAAAAGGAUAGUCAGGGAAGGGUGUCGACGACGUACUAUGGCGGCCCGGCGUGUCAGAAGAGGGAUGUGAGCGUGCAGUUUUGGCUCAUUGUGCUUUUCUCCGUGGCGAUGGUGGGGCUGGUGAGCUUUGCUGUCGGGACCGUCUGGGAGAUGGGUGAUGCGGAGUUGCCGUCGGUCAUAGGUGCUGGCGUUAGUGGGCCGACGGCCAGGAGGUAG